CUCAGCAACGGUUACGGCGCCUCCAUAUAUAUACAGAACAACCAAUUCCAAGGAUCAAUGCAAAACCAGCCUCAGAUCUACUUCAUCUUCCUCCCGCGUGCCGUUAAAUGGGAAUUCUCUCGUCGUUAUCCAGAAACCUCCGCGGCAGUUAUGCCGUCAUUGGAAAAUCCUGCAAUUCCCGGAACUGGCGCUGUUUCAGCAAUGUCCCUGAGGACACCGUCUAUGGCGGCCCCAAGCCUCAGGACCCUACCCGGCGCGUGACGCUGACGCACCUCCGCAGCAAGUACAGGAAAGGAGAGCGGAUAACUAUGGUCACCGCCUACGAUUACCCGUCGGCGGUGCAUUUGGAUACUGCGGGGAUCGACAUAUGCUUGGUCGGCGAUUCGGCUUCCAUGGUGGUUCACGGCCACGACACUACGCUCCCGAUCACGGUGGACGAGAUGCUCGUCCACUGCCGCGCGGUGGCGCGUGGCGCCAAGCGUCCGUUGCUCGUCGGUGACUUGCCUUUCGGCAGUUACGAAUCCAGUACGCAGCAGGCAGUUGAUGCUGCUGUGAGAAUAUUGAAAGAAGGGGGAAUGGAUGCCAUUAAACUAGAAGGUGGGGCGCCAUCAAGAAUCACUGCUGCUAAAGCUAUAGUCGAAGCUGGAAUCGCAGUGAUUGGGCAUGUCGGCCUGACUCCUCAAGCCAUUAGUGUUCUUGGAGGAUUCCGGCCUCAAGGGAAGAACAUCGACAGUGCAGUCAAGGUUGUGGAGACUUCGAUGGCUUUGCAAGAGGCAGGUUGUUUCGCUGUAGUGCUGGAAUGCGUCCCGGCACCUGUGGCUGCUGCAGCAACCACAGCCCUUAAGAUCCCCACAAUUGGAAUUGGAGCCGGCCCCUUCUGCAGCGGUCAAGUGUUGGUUUACCACGAUCUACUCGGGAUGCUACAACAUCCACACCACGCCAAGGUGACCCCAAAGUUCUGCAAGCAAUACGCUCAGGUGGGAGGUAUCAUCACCAAGGCUCUUUCGGAAUACAGGGAAGAAGUCGCAGGCGGGUCUUUCCCGUCGUCGGCUCACAGUCCUUACAAAAUCGGGGCAUCGGACAUCGAUGGAUUCAGACAAGCACUGCAGGGUAUGGGCUUGGGAGAGGCGGCUUCGGCUGCAUUCGAUGCUGCUCAAAAAUUUGAGGCCAAAAAUCAACCUGAAAAUAACAAUUAAGGCAGGCAGACAGCAGCUUUAGAUCAUUUUGGCGCUGUUGUAAAAUAUUGCAACUUUUCAAGAAUAAACUAUCUUGGAAGCCACUUUUGGUCAAUUAAAUGAAUGGCGGGUGCCACCAUUUAUUAAUAAUAAUAUUGUUAUAUUAACAGUACUAUAUAUAUAAAUGGAGGGGAUUAUCGUGCUUAAU